AUGAACAACACCCACCAUUUGAGAUCACCCGAUUUAUACUGGUUAAAGUAUGGUCGAAGUGCGGUUGGAAUGCGAAAUGAUGAAUAUCAUAAUCUUGGAAGGAAUCGAAUCAGAUUUUGGGAUAGCAUCGCAACCAGAAUUAAUCAAGAUCACAAUACGAGCUUCAAUGGAUACAAAUGUAAAGAAAAGUUUAUGAAUCUUGUUCGGGAUUACAAUUUGAUGUGUGAUUAUAUGGCAGGGAAUUGGAGAGCACGAAGAAGUCGAACGGGUGCACAAUAUUUUGAUGAAUUCCGUACGUAUUUUUGGGAGAGGCCUGAGGAUGAUUUUGAUAGAAUUCGUAAUAUAAAUAGUUCAAACCGUAGGCAACGUAGAAUUGGAAGGAAUAAUACACCUGCGCCAUCUACUGGGGAAGUUGAGCAUGUAUUAGACCAAAUAUCACCGCGUAAUCGAAGAAGCCGAAGAUCAUCUAUUGAUAGUCGAAGACGGUUAGCAUCUCCAUCUCUACCCCGUGAUACAAUAAACACUAAUACAAAAAAUCCUGGUGUGGAAAAUCCUGAGCAAAAUAUUGGUCAUUCUGGCUCUAUCGAAAUAUCAACUCUUCAACCACCGUCUUAUGAGGCCACAGAUUAA